AUGAUCAAGAAUAGACAGCUAACUGCCAAGUUCUUAGGGGAUGAGUUCCUUCCUUUGUUUAAGGCCAAGCCAAAUUGGUCUGCUAAGGAGAUUCAAGCAGCAGUUAAACAGAAGUUUAAGGUAGUUAUAACUAAGUGGUUAGCUUACAAGGCUAAAUCAAGUGCACACAAGAAGCUUCAUGGUUCAAUGAGAAAUCAUUACAGUAAAAUUGGUUCUUACCUGGAAGUUCUAAAGAAAGCAAAUCCAUCAUCAACCUUUAGGUUAGAAACUGCUCUACCAGGUUUCAUUAACCUAGAUCCAGAGGCCACAUGUGAAACAUUCUUUAGAUUGUUUGUUUGUUUUGAUGGAGUCAAAAAAGGUUUUUUAGCAGGAUGCAGGAAGGUAUUGUGCUUAGAUGGGUGUUUUCUUAAAACAUUCCUUGGAGGGAUGUUGUUAACAGCUGUGGGAAGGGAUGGUAAUGACCAAAUGUUUCCUUUGGCAUGGGCAGUAGUUGAAGGGGAAAAUAAUGAGAGUUGGGAAUGGUUUAUGGAUGAGCUUAGGCAGUGUUUGGGAGUAACUGAUAAUGGUGAAUCAUGGACAUUUAUAUCUGACCAGCAAAAGGGUCUGUUGAAUGCUGUUGCAGUGGUAUGGCCAAAGGCAGAGCAUAGAAACUGUGCAAGACACAUCUAUGCUAACUGGCACAAGACAUACAAAGAUGAAGAGUUGAAGGAGCUAUUUUGGAAAUCAACUAGGUCCUAUUGUGAAGCUGAUUACUUGCAAGCCAUUGAAGAGAUGAGGGGCAUAAACCCUGAUGCAGUAGAGGCCUUACUGAAGCAAAAUCCCAAUUGGUUCAACAGGUGCUAUUUGAACACUCACACAAAAUGUGAUGUUAUAGUAAACAACAUGGCUGAAACUUUUAAUGGCUUUAUCAUCAAUGCAAGGUCCAAACACAUUAUACACAUGUUAGAGGACAUAAGGAUUCAGGUCAUGAGUAGGCUGGUUACUAAAAGAAUAGAAAUGAGUGCCAGGGAUGUUGUUAUAUGCCCUAAAAUCCAAGAAAAGCUUGAUUUUUCAAAACAGGCUGCAUAUAGAUGUGAGGUGUAUCCCUCAUCAUACCAUGUGUUUCAAGUCAGGGAUUUUGAUGAUGUUUCAGUUGAUCUAGAUAAUAGAACAUGCACAUGUAGGAAAUGGGAUUUGAGGGGGUAUCCAUGCAAACAUGUUUGUGCUGUAGCUAGGUUUUUGCAUAAAAAUGCAGAAGAGUAUGUUGAUUUGUGUUACCACAAAGACACAUACAUGAAGGCUUAUGAAUUCUCAAUCCCUCCAAUACCUAGUGAAAGGUAUUGGCCUAAGAUUCACCAUCCUAUGGAUCCACCACCAAUAAGAUCUCAACCUGGGAGGCCUAAGAAGAAUAGAAAGAGGGAUCCUCAUGAGGAUCCAAAGAGACCAGGGAAACUUACCAAGCAUGGGGUGAUAAUGACUUGUGGUAAUUGUGGGGGUAAAGGUCACAACAAGAGAAAAUGUACUGAACAGGGAAAUCAACAAUCUAUUGCAGCUUGUACAACAUACACAGAUUUGGUCACUUGCAGUUUUGAACCAUAUGCAGCUUGGACAACAUACAGAGAUUUGCACACUUGCAGUUUUGACCCAUAUGCAGCUUGGACAACAUACACAGAUUUGGACACUUGCAGUUUUGACCCAUAUGCAUUGUGCAGUUUGGACAUUUGCAGUUUUGACCCAUAUGUGCAGACCCAUUAUGCAAUGCAAUGCAGAUGUGUAGCUAUAUGUGCAGACCCAUUAGAGGUCUUCUGA